AAGUUUAUUCCUAGAGUGACGCAAAAGUCGAAAAGUCUUUAAAAAGCCCAAAUGGCUUAAAUGAAAAGCACUUUGUCUGGUUUCUGUGGAUCUUCAUUCCCCUCUUCUUCUUCUACAAACCUCCUUACUUGUAAAUCAUAGUAAAAUAAGUAAAAUUUGACCAAAGCUUUUUUUAAUGUUUUUCUCUCAAGCAAAAACAAGAGUCUAGGUGAAAUUUUAUAUUCUGUUUAUCUCCACAAUAUAUUUCCCGCCAAAUUUAUUAGAUCAAUGAGCCAGCAGAACACCAGACGGGGCGUUUCAGGUUCUGGAGGGAGAUCUUCACUUCCAAAUAGUGGUGCUUUUCACCGUCAAAGACGCGAUGGAGUGAAUAAGCCUCUUGCCAAUGAUUCGUCUGGCAGUAAGGAUGGAGUGUCCCAAGGUAGAGGGAAAUAUUUGCAUAAUAAGUCCCAAGGUCGUGGUUCAAGGCAGUUCAGUGGUAAACCUGGCUUGAAAUAUGUGUACCGACAGAAGUCACCUGCAACUGAUGUUAAUCUGAAUUCUCUGGAGGGUGGGGAUAGUCAAUUGAGACAGACAGAAUGCUUUGUGGCUUCAGACUUGGAAAGUGAGAAUGUUUUUGAUUUUUCUUCUGAUUCUAAGACUCCUAUGCCUGAUAUUAUUCCAAAUUUACCCAUGGCUGAGGGAAUUCAUAUGAAACAACUGGAGAGCUUUCCAUUACUAGAUUCGGUUAGUGCAGUAAAUCUUCCUUCAGCCCCUUUGCACUCUGAUUCUAGGAACAUUCAUCUGGAUAUGACUAGUAUGCAGAUCAAAGAAACCCUGGAAGAGGAGAGAGAAGGAACUGCAGCUAUGAAUAAUGAUUUCUCAUCCCCAGGCGAGGUAAAAGAUGAAUUGGUGGGAAAGGAGCCCUUGCUACCUGCCAAAACUGAUAUUCAAGAACAGGCUUUCCGAGGAAAAGAUGUCAAGAAUUUUGUCGGCAUUGGAGGUUCAGGGCAUUCUGUGCCGCGGGCAGUGGUGUGUUGCUUUGAUAUUUGUCCACCUAAGACUGGAACUCCUAUUUUGCUUAAGCCUUCAUUACUUGUUACAAAUAGACAAAAACGAAAUCAAGUCAAGCUCGACACAGAAGGUCCAACCAGAAUUGCAUUGAGGUCUGGGAUGGUAUUACUGAAGAAUUAUUUAUUCACCAGUGAUCAGGUCAAAAUAGUAAAAGAAUGCCGAAACCUAGGGCUGGGGCCUGGAGGUUUCUACCAACCUGGUUAUCGUGGUGGAGCAACAUUGCAUCUAAAUAUGAUGUGCCUUGGUAAAAAUUGGGAUCCUCAGAAAAGAGUAUAUGAAGAUAUUCGGAGCAUAGAUGGUGCUAAACCGCCCAUUAUACCUGCUUAUUUCAAUCAGUUGGUUAGGGAAGCAAUAAAAGAUUCCCAUGCUCUCAUAGGAAAUAAUUCUGUAGCGCAGAAUGUAGAAACCAUUCUUCCAAUGAUAUCCCCAGACAUCUGUAUUGUAAACUUUUACAAAGCAAGUGGAAAACUUGGUCUGCAUCAGGAUCGAGAUGAAUCUCAAGAAAGUCUGGAAAAAGGUUUACCUGUGGUGUCCUUUUCCAUUGGUGAUACUGCCGAAUUUUUAUAUGGUGAUGAGGAGGAUGUGACCAAGGCACAGAGGGUAAAUUUGGAAUCUGGAGAUGUUUUAAUAUUUGGUGGAAAAUCUAGACAUAUCUUUCAUGGUGUUAGAGCUAUCAUCACACCAACUACCCCGAAGGCUCUGCAAGAAGAAACAAAUAUCCGUCCUGGCCGUCUGAAUCUUACUUUCAGGCAGUAUUGAUUGUUUUAUGCUUGCAGCUGUCUUAGGUGAUUAUAUAUGUAAGGAAGACAUCUGAUCUUGCUGUAAACGAUAACAUAAAAAAGUUUGAAGCAGUAUGUUCCUGAUUUGGCAAUUAA